GCUUGGUCCUUCUUGGCUGACGUUAUGAGUACGCCUUGUCCCUCCGACAAGUCUUAACGCGCUGGCUGCUGCUGCUUGUCCGCGUUCAAGAUCGCGACACUCUACUGCCAGCCCUCGCUUCUUGCCAAUUUUUGCGAACUUCACAUCAGCGGCUACACCGAAUUUCAAAAUGGAUUCCAUAAAGCGGCACAUCAUAUUGCCUCGCUCCGGCGGUGGCGGGUCUUCCUCGAUCCCUUAUCAUCCUCCUCCAUCCAUCGGCCACGAAAUCGGCGUCAUGUUUGGGGGCAUUGGCGCUAUGGUUGUCGGGGCAUUGCUCUUCUACGUCUGGUGGCACUUCAGUCUCGCGAGGGAGCUUAAGAAGGAAGAGGAUCGUGUGAGGGGCUUGCGGGAGAGGGGUUUAUUUGACGAUGCGACGAGGAAUAGCGCGAUUGAGGAGCGAGAGAAGAGGGGAAGUGGGAUGGAGAUAUGAAGGCUGAUAGGGCAUAGGCUGGCGAGGUAGAAGAGGCUCGCAUGGUUGCGUAUGAUGCAGCUCAUAGAGCCAGGGAGGGGUCGGGAUUGUCUAGAAGAGCAUUGAGGCAAAGGGUGAGGUUGGUUCCUGAAUUAAUUCCGUUACCGUUGAUGAUGGGGCACUCGCUAGAAGUUUUAUCAACAACUUGAAGAUUUUGCUUCGUCAUAUUCUUACAGCCCAAAUAACCCAGACGGCAAUUAUU